CUUGAGCUUCAUUAUAUGACCUAGGAAUGACAAAGAUGGCCAAAAUGAUUGAUGAAAGACAGCAGGAAUUGACUCAUCAGGAGCACAGAGUGAUGUUGGUGAACUCCAUGAACACUGUGAAGGAGCUGUUGCCUGUCCUUAUUUCAGCUAUGAAGAUUUUUGUAACUACUAAAAGUUCCAAAAGCCAAGGAAUAGAAGAGGCCUUGAAAAACCGCAAUUUCACAGUAGAGAAGAUGAGUGCUGAAAUAAAUGAGAUCAUCCGUGUGUUACAGCUCACUUCCUGGGAUGAGGAUGCCUGGGCUAGCAAGGACACUGAAGCUAUGAAGAGAGCUUUGGCCUUAAUAGAUUCCAAGAUGAACCAGGCAAAGGGCUGGCUAAGGGAUCCCAAUGCAUCACCAGGGGAUGCUGGUGAGCAAGCUAUACGGCAGAUCCUUGAUGAAGCCGGAAAAGUGGGAGAACUGUGUGCAGGCAAAGAACGCAGAGAGAUUCUGGGAACCUGUAAAAUGCUAGGCCAGAUGACUGAUCAAGUGGCUGAUCUCCGAGCUAGAGGACAAGGUGCUACACCAAUGGCCAUGCAGAAAGCACAGCAGGUGUCUCAAGGUCUGGAUUUACUUACAGCAAAAGUGGAAAAUGCAGCCCACAAACUGGAGGCCAUGACUAACUCUAAACAGGCGAUUGCUAAAAAAAUUGAUGCUGCUCAGAACUGGCUCGCAGACCAUGGGGAAGUGAAGGGAGAACAAAUUCGGGGAAUUAUGGCCGAAGCCAGGAAAAUUGCAGAACUGUGUGAACCCAAAGAUAGAGAUGAUAUUCUGCGUUCUGGGAGAAUCUCUGCUCUGACAGCUAAACUGUCAGAUCUACGAAGACAUGGGAAAGGAGACUCUCCAGAGGCCCGGGUACUGGCUAAGCAAGUAGCUACAUCACUGCAGAAUUUACAGUCUAAAACAAACAGGGCCGUAGCAAACACCAGGCCAGUUAAGGCAGCUGUUCAUUUGGAGGGCAAGAUUGAGCAAGCUCAAAGGUGGAUUGACAAUCCAACAGUUGAUGACCGUGGAGUAGGCCAGGCUGCAAUCCGGGGACUGGUGGCUGAAGGUCGUCGUUUAGCCAAUGUCAUGAUAGGACCUUAUCGUCAAGAUCUCCUUGCCAAAUGUGAUCGUGUAGAACAGCUGACUGCCCAGCUAGCUGAUCUGGCAGCAAGAGGAGAAGGAGAGUCUCCUCAGGCUAGGGCGAUUGCCACUCAGCUCCAGGAUUCUUUGAAGGAUCUGAAAACAAGGAUGCAAGAAGCUAUGACCCAGGAGGUUUCUGAUAUUUUUAGUGACACUACAACCCCAAUUAAACUAUUGGCAGUGGCAGCCACUGCACCUCCUGAUGCACCCAAUAGGGAUGAGGUGUUUGAUGAAAGGGCAGCAAACUUUGAAAACCAUGCUGCGAGACUUGGAGCAACAGCAGAAAAAGCAGCUGCUGUUGGAACUGCUAAUAAAACCACUGUGGAAGGCAUUCAGGCAGCUGUGAAAUCAGCAAGAGAACUCACGCCGCAGGUAAUAUCAGCUGCUCGUAUUCUCUUAAGAAACCCUGGAAAUCAAGCUGCUUAUGAACAUUUUGAGACCAUGAAAAACCAAUGGAUUGAUAAUGUGGAAAAAAUGACAGGGUUGGUAGAUGAAGCAAUUGAUACCAAGUCUCUGUUGGAUGCAUCGGAAGAAGCUAUUAAGAAAGACCUAGAUAAAUGUAAAGUUGCAAUGGCCAAUAUCCAACCUCAGAUGCUUGUAGCUGGUGCCACCAGCAUUGCUCGGCGAGCAAACCGGAUCCUGUUGGUGGCAAAGAAGGAGGUUGAAAAUUCAGAGGAUCUCAAAUUCCGUGAAGCUGUUAAGGCAGCCUCUGACGACUUAAGCAAAACUAUAUCACCAAUGGUAAUGGAUGCUAAAGCUGUGGCAGGAAACAUUUCCGACCCUGGUUUGCAGAAGAGCUUCCUGGAUUCUGGAUAUAGGAUUCUGGGAGCUGUGGCAAAAGUCAGAGAAGCCUUCCAGCCUCAAGAACCUGAUUUCCCUCCUCCUCCUCCCCCAGAUAUUGAGCAGCUUCAUCUGACUGAUGAACUUGCGCCUCCAAAACCACCCCUUCCAGAGGGUGAAGUUCCACCACCCAGACCACCUCCUCCUGAAGAGAAGGAUGAAGAGUUCCCGGAGCAGAAAGCAGGAGAGGUGAUUAAUCAGCCCAUGAUGAUGGCUGCUAGGCAGCUACAUGAUGAAGCCCGAAAAUGGUCUAGCAAGCCUAAUGAAGCCACUGAGGCUGAUGUAGAUGUAGAUGAGCAGGAGGAUGCAGAUGAUGUUGAAUUCACUCUCCCCUCUGACACUGAAGAUGAUUACGAGCCUGAGCUGCUGUUAAUGCCAACCAGUCAGCCUGUUAACCAGCCCAUUCUGGCCGCUGCUCAGUCUCUGCAUCGGGAAGCAACCAAGUGGUCUAGUAAGGGUAAUGAUAUAAUUGCUGCGGCAAAGCGAAUGGCCCUGCUGAUGGCAGAGAUGUCCCGCCUAGUGAGAGGUGUCAGUGGAAACAAGCGUGCUCUUAUUCAGUGUGCCAAGGAUAUUGCUAAAGCAUCAGAUGAAGUGACUCGAUUGGCCAAGGAGGUGGCAAAGCAGUGCACUGACAAGCGCAUUAGAACAAACCUCUUGCAGGUCUGUGAGCGAAUCCCAACCAUCAGCACACAACUCAAAAUCCUCUCCACUGUUAAAGCUACUAUGUUGGGUAGGACGAACAUCAGUGAUGAAGAGUCAGAACAGGCUACUGAGAUGUUGGUUCACAAUGCCCAGAACCUUAUGCAAUCUGUAAAGGAGACUGUGAGAGAAGCAGAAGCAGCGUCUAUUAAGAUUAGAACAGAUGCUGGAUUCACUCUUCGCUGGGUUAGAAAGACUCCUUGGUAUCAGUAAACAACUGCCAACUAACAUUAGCUUCUGUAAUAUAAAAAGCCUUUUUGAAGCAGAAGAGAAUUUAACAGCAAAAUGUGCUGUAAACAUGAUCUUA